UCCCACCGUAUCUGUUUGUCCUCUUAUUAUCCCUCGUUUUCCUCGCCUCCUGAUGAAUUCCGAGAAGUCCCUAUACUCUCACAGACAGCAUACGGUCCUCUCUUCCUCUCCUCCUCUCCACUUUCAAUUCGCUUCUGAUCUUGUCUCUCCCUACUCUGCUUUCUGCUAUAACCAAUUUCACUGCCUAUAAACUCUUACUCCUGCACGCUAGUCUGAUAUUUCCUUACGAUUCGACGGCGACGACGACGACGCCAUUGUUGUGCUUGAUAAGUGAUUGCUUUGCUGGCUUUUUACGAGCUUUAUCUGUAUUUUCCAGAUUUGAAUUGUUUAAUUCUUAUCGUAGUAUAAACAUGCAUAAUAUCUGUCGAGUUUGUCUGUUGAUUGUUGCGUGUUCCUUUCUCGAGUGGUACAAGCGAUUGUUGCAGAUUGUCUUGGGGUUGUUUGUGGUGGAGUUUGCUUCGUGUUUAAGGUUUUUCACUAAUGGCGGGAACGGUGAAUUCGGAGGUCCGUUUCUGGUGUUAGGCCAGUUCUCGAAAUUUAUUAACCUCGUAGGCCUGGUUUUCAUGUUCAUUUUGGGGUUUAAGAUCUUGGAGUUCAAUUUUCAUGGAGGGAGUUUGGUGAAGAAUGUAUGGGCUUUUGAUGAGAAAAAAUCCGAGAGGAUUAACAUGUUUUUAUCGAAAAUUGAAUUCGAGAAUGUCUCCGAACGGAAUUGCGGUGGUUCGUUGAAAUCAGUGGAGAUCAAGACAGGAGGAGUGAAAAUGGAGAAUACAAUUAAAACGGAAGAUCAGUCAGUCAAGUUUAAAAUUGACAGCAAGGGAAUUGCAGAGCAAUUGGAUGAUGAUGAUGAUGAUGAUGGAAAUAAUGAUAAUCGAGGAUUGGUUUUUCAAGAGGAUGAAGAAAUUGAUGUAGUUGCAUUGAGGAGACUGGUGAAGAAGGAGAGGCGGAAAGCCAAUGCGACUUAUGCAGAGCUCGAGGAAGAAAGAAUGGCGGCGGCAUCGGCAGCGGAGGAGGCCAUGGCUAUGAUUCUGAGGCUGCAAAGAGAGAAAAGCGCCGUAGAAAUCGAAGCCAAACAGUUCAGGAGAAUGGCAGAGCAGAAGCAAGAAUUCGACAAGGAACUCAUCCAGUCACUGCAAUGGGUUGUAAUGAAACAUGAACCAGACUUCGAUAUAUCAAUCGAUCGUGCUGUGAAUUCAGAAACCGUAGAUGUUUCCGAAGGAUGGUGAUCAACAACUCCAUGGAAUUUACAAAAGCUGAUCAUCAAGAUGGUUGAUUAGCAUCUUUUGCCUUUAAUUAGUCCUUUCGUUGUUUCAUUCUUUUUGAGAGUCCGAACUGCAACAAAGCUCCAUCUGUUGUGUGUUUGAAAAUUUGAAAAAAUGUUCUGUAUUGACAUUAUCCUGUUCAUAAUCGGAGCACUGCAAAUCGAACUUGAAACAGUGUUCAUCAGGAUGUGCGACUGUUAUAAUCUUCUCACUAGGAGAAGUAUUAUAUGUGUUUGUGUGUAUAUAUGUGUUUGUGUGAAUGUUUGUAUCGUCAUGAUGGUUCUCUUCUUUC